AUGCCUGUCGUCCAGCCAGAAAAGCUGGCCAAGCUCCAGCAAAAUGCUGACGACGUGAGGAAUAUUUGUAUCCUGGCCCACGUUGACCAUGGAAAAACAUCACUCACAGAUGCCCUUCUCGCCACCAAUGGCAUCAUCUCGCCAAAACUCGCCGGCAAGAUUCGAUAUCUCGAUUCCCGACCAGAUGAACAGCAAAGAGGCAUCACCAUGGAGUCUUCGGCCAUCUCACUAUACUUCUCCAUGCUGAGGAGGUCGGCUCCUGAUGCUACUCCCGAGGCCAAGGAGUACCUAAUCAACCUGAUCGACUCUCCCGGACAUAUCGAUUUCAGCAGCGAAGUGUCCACGGCUUCUCGUCUUUGUGAUGGUGCCGUUGUUUUGGUUGAUGCUGUCGAAGGCGUCUGCAGUCAGACAGUAACCGUUUUGCGCCAAGCAUGGACCGAGAAGCUCAAGCCCCUUCUUGUUAUCAACAAGAUCGACCGUUUAGUUACCGAGUUGAAGAUGACCCCGGGCGAGGCUUAUAUCCACCUCAGCAAAAUUCUCGAGCAAGUUAACGCUGUUCUUGGAAGCUUCUUCCAAGGUGAGCGCAUGGAAGAGGAUCUAAACUGGCGUGACCGAAUGGAGGAAAGAGUGGCUGCUGCUGCGGCCAAGGAGGCUCAAAUAGCUGCCGGCCAGCCCGACUCCGGUGAGCUUCAGUUCCAGGAAAAGGACGACGAGGAGCUCUACUUUGCACCAGAGAAGAACAACGUUAUUUUCGGCAGUGCCAUCGAUGGCUGGGCUUUUACUGUUCGUCAGUUUGCCGGCAUGUACGAGAAGAAGCUCGGUAUCAAGCGCGGCUUGCUGGAAAAGGUUCUCUGGGGCAACUUCUACAUGGAUCCCAAGACCAAAAAGGUACUUGGACCUAAGCAUCUCAAGGGCAGGCCUCUGAAGCCCAUCUUCGUUCAGUUGGUGUUGGAGCCUAUUUGGGCUGUUUACCAAGCUACCGUUGGCGGUGACUCUGGCAAGGGCGAUCCCGCUCUUCUGGAGAAGAUCACCAAGUCUUUGAACCUCACUGUUCCGCCUCACAUUCUCCGCUCCAGGGAUCCCAAGCUCCUCCUUAACACGGUAUUUGCUUCCUGGUUGCCUCUCUCUACGGCUUUGCUCGUCUCAGUGGUGGAGUCAUUGCCCUCGCCCAAAGCAGCUCAAGCAGACCGUCUCCCAGAUCUUCUCGCAAGCGUACCUGGUGCGGACCACAUCGAUCCCAAAGUCAAAGAUGCCAUGGUCUCAUUCAAAAAGGGUCCAUCUGAGCCAAUGGUUGCAUACGUCAGCAAGAUGGUAUCCGUACCUGAGAGCGAACUGCCGGAGAACAAGCGCCGCGGACCGCUCAGCCCCGAAGAGGCUCGCGAGCUGGCGAGAAAGAAGCGUGCCGAAGUCAUCCGUGCUCAAGGAGGUGCUGAUGGUGACCCCGACAUGAACGAUCUUGCCAACGCCUUCACCAGCACUUCCCUGAUCGACAACGCCGUGCCGGAACUCGAGGAGAAGCCGGUCGAAGCGGAACAUCUCAUCGGUUUCGCCCGCAUCUACUCGGGCACUCUGUCCGUUGGCGACGAGAUCUACGUCCUACCUCCCAAGUUCUCCCCCGCGGACCCCUACGCUCAACCAGUCCCGAAGAAGGUGACGGUUACCGCCCUCUACAUGCUCAUGGGUCGCAAUCUCGAGGCGCUUCCCUCCGUACCAGCUGGUGUUGUGUUCGGUAUUCGUGGUCUGGAAGGCAGCGGCCUUCUCAAGUCCGGAACCCUCUGCAGCCAGCUCGAGGGCUCGGUCAACUUGGCUGGUAUCGCCAACCUGGCUGGCCGUCCCAUUGUCCGUGUCGCUCUUGAGCCUGUCAACCCCUAUGACCUGGACAAGAUGAUUCAGGGUCUUCACCUCCUUGUCCAGAGCGAUCCCUGCGCUGAGUAUGAGCACUUCUCCAGCGGCGAGCACGUCCUCUCCACCGCCGGUGAGUUGCAUCUUGAACGCUGCCUGACGGAUCUGCGUGAGCGGUUUGCGCGGUGCGAGAUCCAGACCGGUGCGCCCAUUGUGCCGUACCGGGAGACGAUUGUCCGUGCCGAAGAGAUGCGGCCUCCUGUCAACAAGGAGCUCGGUCGCGGCGUAGUGGUUGGCGUCACGAGCUCUAAGCAAGUUACGGUAACCCUGCGCGUCAGGCCCCUUCCGGCCCCCGUGACUGAAUUCCUCCUGAAGAACGCCGCCGGCAUCAAGCGGCUGUACACAGAUAGUAAGGCGGCUGGUGUCGAGGACGGCGCCGAGUCGCCCUCUGUGGAAGCCACCUUGGAGAACGGCACCCCGUCGGACGUCAAGAUCGAAGAAGACGAGGAAGUCUCCCAAGCCACCACCACCCUCACGCCCGAGGAACUCAAGAAGCAGCUCGAGGCUCAGCUCGAGGGCAUCAAAGACAAGGAGGUCUGGAAGGACGUGAUCGACCGCAUCGCCUCCUUCGGACCCAAGAGAACGGGCGCCAACAUCCUCGUCGACGCCACCAAGGACCAGCUCUUCAGCAAGGCCUUCUCGGCCGACAAGAUCCGCAACCAGGCGCCCACGGGCGACGAGAAGCUGCACCCAGCCCACUUCAGCGAUAAGAUCAUGUACGGCUUCCAGCUGGCCACGCAGCAAGGGCCGCUCUGCAACGAGCCCGUGCAGGGCAUCGCCGUCUUCGUGGAGGAGGUCCUUGUGGCGCAGACGGAGGACGACGAGGCCUCCUCGGCCCGCGACAGGAUCGGUCGCUUGACGGGCGAGGUCAUCAAGACGGUGCAGCAGUCGAUCCACAAGGGUUUCUUGGACUGGUCGCCAAGGUUGAUGUUGGCCAUGUACUCGUGCGAAAUUCAAGCAAGCACCGAAGUCCUAGGCCGCGUCUACGACGUGCUCACCCGCCGCCGGGGGCGCGUGCAAUCCGAAGCCAUGAACGAGGGCACGCCCUUUUUCACGAUUCAGGCCCUACUGCCCGUGGCCGAGUCGUUCGGGUUCGCCGACGACAUGCGCAAGCGCACCUCGGGCGCCGCGCAGCCGCAGCUGAUUUUCACCGGGUACGAGAUUCUGGACGAGGAUCCCUUCUGGGUGCCCUUCACCGAGGACGACUUGGAAGAUCUGGGCGAGUUUGGCGACAGGGAGAAUGUGGCCAAGAGGUAUAUGGAUAGUGUGCGCAGGAGGAAGGGAUUGUUGGUGGAGGGAAGGAAUGUGGCUACUAAUGCGGAGAAGCAGAAGACUUUGAAGCGGUAG